UUUGGUGGCCAGAGCAUUUUGGGUGAACACGUGUCUUAUAAAGUUAGAAAGAGUUUAUUUUUUUAAUAAAAAAAUAAAAUGGGUUUUGGUGAUCUAAAAAGCGAAUCUGGUGUAAAAGCACUAAAUGAUUAUUUGUGUGAUCGCAGUUACAUUGAAGGAUAUCAGCCUUCUCAAGCUGAUACUGUGGUGUUUGACACUUUGAAGAAUCCUCCAGCAGCUUCCUUUCCUCAUGCUCUGCGUUGGUACAAUCAUAUUGCAUCAUAUGGAGGAGAACGGAGCAACUUUCCUGGUGAGAAGAAGGAUGUCAGUGCCUUUGGUAAAACGGAAAAUAUUUCGGAUAGUAAGCCAAAUAAGCCACCUGCAGAUGAUGAUGAUGACAUUGAUUUGUUUGGCUCAGAUGAUGAGAUUGAUGAAGAAGCUGAAAAAUUGAAACAAGAAAGAUUAAAGCAAUAUCAAGAAAAGAAAUCCAAAAAGCCUGGCCCCAUUGCCAAGUCUAGUGUGGUUUUAGAUGUGAAACCAUGGGAUGAUGAAACAGACAUGGCAGAAAUGGAGAAGAAUGUACGAACAAUAGAAUGUGAUGGCUUAGUAUGGGGAGCAGCCAAACUAGUACCACUGGCUUACGGAAUCAAAAAGUUGCAGAUCGUUUGUGUUGUUGAAGAUGAAAAGGUGAGCAUUGACUGGUUGCAGGAAAAAAUAGAAGAAUUUCAAGAUUAUGUUCAAUCGGUGGAUAUUGCAGCAUUUCAGAAAAUCUAAGGUUUAUGUGUGUAUGAUUUUCUGUUAAAUUUGAUUAAUAAACUAAACCUUUUCAAUA